CACCUUCGCCCCAGCCCUUUUCUCUCCCCGCCGAGCCGCGGCGGCACCAGCAGCAGCUUCAGCAGGAGGAGGAGCCGGAGCCCGGAGGCGGCGGUGGCCGGGGAGCCCAUGGCGUACAGUCAAGGAGGCGGCAAGAAGAAAGUCUGCUACUAUUACGAUGGAAAUACACCCUGCUUGGGAGGUUUAGGAGAGCAUUGGCAUCUUGCUUGCGAAAGCUGUUUCUAGGUGUUGGGAGUUUUGGUGUAGGAAAACUUGGAGGAGUAAUGCAGAAGUACUAAAUAAUCAGGUGAUAUUGGAAAUUAUUAUUAUGGACAGGGUCAUCCCAUGAAACCUCAUAGAAUCCGCAUGACCCAUAACUUGCUGCUAAAUUAUGGCUUAUAUAGAAAAAUGGAAAUAUAUAGGCCCCAUAAAGCCACUGCUGAAGAAAUGACAAAAUACCACAGUGAUGAGUACAUCAAAUUUCUACGUUCAAUAAGACCAGAUAACAUGUCUGAGUAUAGUAAGCAGAUGCAGAGAUUUAAUGUUGGAGAGGAUUGUCCAGUGUUUGAUGGACUCUUUGAGUUUUGUCAGCUUUCAACUGGUGGCUCAGUUGCUGGGGCUGUGAAGUUAAACCGACAACAAACUGAUAUGGCUGUUAACUGGGCUGGAGGAUUACAUCAUGCCAAGAAAUCAGAAGCAUCAGGAUUCUGUUACGUUAAUGAUAUUGUACUUGCCAUCCUUGAAUUACUAAAGUAUCAUCAGAGAGUCUUAUAUAUUGAUAUUGAUAUCCAUCAUGGUGAUGGUGUCGAAGAAGCUUUUUAUACGACAGAUCGUGUAAUGACUGUAUCAUUCCAUAAAUAUGGGGAAUACUUUCCUGGAACAGGAGACUUGAGGGAUAUUGGUGCAGGAAAAGGCAAAUACUAUGCCGUCAAUUUUCCAAUGAGAGAUGGUAUAGAUGAUGAGUCUUAUGGGCAGAUAUUUAAGCCUAUUAUCUCAAAGGUGAUGGAGAUGUAUCAACCUAGUGCUGUGGUGCUACAGUGUGGAGCAGACUCACUAUCUGGUGAUAGGCUUGGUUGCUUCAAUCUGACAGUCAAAGGUCAUGCUAAAUGUGUAGAAGUUGUGAAAACUUUCAAUUUACCAUUACUGAUGCUCGGGGGAGGUGGAUACACAAUUCGUAACGUUGCUCGAUGUUGGACAUACGAGACUGCAGUUGCCCUUGAUUGUGAGAUUCCCAAUGAAUUGCCAUAUAAUGAUUACUUUGAGUAUUUUGGCCCGGACUUCAAACUGCAUAUUAGUCCUUCAAACAUGACAAACCAGAACACUCCAGAAUAUAUGGAAAAGAUAAAACAGCGUUUAUUUGAAAAUUUACGCAUGUUACCUCAUGCACCUGGCGUCCAGAUGCAAGCUAUUCCAGAAGAUGCUGUUCAUGAAGACAGCGGAGAUGAAGAUGGAGAAGAUCCAGACAAGAGAAUUUCUAUUCGAGCAUCAGACAAACGGAUAGCUUGUGAUGAAGAAUUCUCAGACUCUGAGGAUGAAGGCGAAGGAGGACGUAGAAAUGUGGCUGAUCAUAAGAAAGGAGCAAAGAAAGCUAGAAUUGAGGAAGACAAGAAGGAAACAGAGGACAAAAAAGCAGAUGUUAAGGAAGAAGAUAAAUCCAAGGACAGUAGUGGUGAAAAAACAGAUACCAAAGGAGCCAAAUCAGAACAGCUCAGCAACCCUUGAAUUUGAAUGUCUCACCAAUUUCAGAAACCAUAAAAGAGAGAAAAUAUUGGGAAGAAAAAUUUUUUCUUUUUGAAGACUUCUGGCUUCAUUUUAUACUACUUUGGCAUGGACUGUAUUUAUUUUCAAAAUGGCUUUUUUUGUUUUUGUUUUUCUUGGCAAGUUUUAUUGUGAGUUUUCUAAUUAUGAAGCAAAAUUUCUUUUCUCCACCAUGCUUUAUGUGAUAGUAUUUAAAAUUGAUGUGAGUUAUUAUGUCAAAAACUGAUCUAUUAAAGAAGUAAUUGGCCUUUCUGAGCUGAUUUUUCCAUCUUUUGUAAUUAUCUUUAUUAAAAAAUUGUACUUGGA